AUGCUCGGCAUCCCCGACAGCGACCGGCCCAUCAUGCGAAAGCUGGCCAAAGACCUGCGCCACCUGAAUCGCACUGGCCCGGACCGCAUGGCUCCACUGUCAGAAUCGGUUCAGAACCUGCAGGACUACCUUGGCCCUCUGGUCGCCGAACGAGUGGCCAACCCCAAGGACGACCUCAUUUCUGUCGUUGCAGAAGGCGAGCGGCAAGGAAUCUUCAGUCGCGACAUGGUGAUCAACAACGUCAUGCUGCUGCUUUCUGCCGGCCACGAAACUACCAUCAACCUAAUUUGCAACGGCACGCUGGCGUUCGCGCAACAUCCCGACCAGUGGGCGAUCUUGAAAUCGGACCCUGAUGGCAAAACCGUCCGCGCCACCGAAGAGGCCCUGCGGUAUGAUUCCCCGGUCAAGUCCAUCCAGCGCAUCGCCGUGGACGACAUCGAAAUAGCCGGAAAAACCAUCGCCAAAAACGACCGGGUACGCUGGUUCAUCUCCGGCGCCAACCGUGAUCCCAAGGUAUUCGACCGGGCCGACGACUUCGACGUCGAACGGUACCCCAACAUGCACGUUGCAUUCGGCAGCGGCAUCCAUCACUGCCUGGGCGCCACGCUGGCGCGUCUGGAGGGUCAGGAGAUCUUCCGCAAUCUUGCCAAUCGGUUCGACACCAUUGAGCUUGAGAUCCCGGCAGAUCCGAUCGAAUACGACCAGUUGAUCGGAUUGCGGGCGAUGGAAAGCUUGCCUGUUACGGUAACCAGCGCGCGGUAA